UCAUAAAGAAAUGGUGAGCAGGAAAUGAUCUUUUCAAGCCUGAUACCAACCGGACAACACGUGAGGGGAACGCAGUAGAACAAGAAUUGUAAAAAUCACGAUAUGUCCGGUGUUAAACGUACAAAAAUUGCCAGGGAAAGCCAGCUAAGCACAGAACAGGUGAAGCUUGCUGUUCCUGCACUGUUCUCAUACUUGGAGAAAACCAGUAAAAAUGAAAAACAGCUUUUCAGUGAAGAUGCAGCAUUUUGGUUGCUAAUGUCAUUAAAAAAGAUUCCUACUCCUGAUAAAAAGCCAAAAUUGUUAAAAGUGCCAAAUUCAUUCAGUAGUGGUUCUGAAGUGUGCUUGUUCACAAAGCUGCCUGGAAAAAGAGUUAAGGAGCAACUAAAGGCAAAAGGAGUCACUUGUGUAACCAAGGUGAUAAGCGUCACCAAGCUGAGGAAAAAUUACAAAUCGUUUCAAGAUAAGCGAACCUUGUGUAGCCAGUAUGAUGCUUUUCUUUGUGAUGAAAGAAUCUACCACUUGAUCCCCAAAGCUAUUGGAAAAACUUUCUUUUCUCGUAAGAAGGAGCCAACACCAGUUGACCUGACAAAAGUCAAUCUCGAUGAAGAGAUAAAAAGAGCAUUAAAUUCCACAAAACUUCGACUUGGCAAUGGAACCUGCAGUGCCAUCAAAGUUGGCCACUCAGGACAAUCACAAGAAGAGCUUGUUGAAAAUAUUGUUGCUGUUGUUGACGAAAUUGCAAAGAAGAUACCACGGGGUUGGAGCAAUAUCCAGUGUAUUCACCUAAAAACUGCUGAGUCAAUCGCUCUGCCUCUGUAUAAUUCACUACCUGAUGUUGAAAAUGUUAUCGAGAGGAAUGAAUCGCCCAAAAAGAAGAAAAAGCUUGAUUAACAUAGAAAAUUCAUGUUAAAUUCCCUUUACUUCCUUUUACUUCUUGUACGUAUAUUUCAUUUUUAUCUUUAAAUGAAAUGCAUGUGGCUUUUA